AUGCUGCGGAGGAUGGUGUCCGACCAGGGCCCGGGCUCCGCCGGAGGCAGCGGAGGAGACGCCAGGCCCCGCGGCGGCGGCGGCGGGGGCGCGCUGUUCGCCGUGCCGAGGCUGUUCAUCGGGCUCGCGGCCGCCAAGCGCGCGCCGGACGAGUCGGAGCGGAGCCCGACGUCGCCGCUCGACCCCAAGGCGCUGCUGCUCCGCUCGCCGCGCUCGCCGAGGACCUGGGACGCCGAGCCGGUGGGGCUCGGCCUCGUGGUGGACGUCGCCCUCGCGGCCGGCGCCGACGCCGCCGCCGCCAAGACCUGCGUGCUCAGCCCGCGCCUGCGCCUCAGGACGCACGGCUGCGCCGGCUCCACCGCCAAGGGCUGCGGCGGGGGCGGCCACUCGCAGCCGGAGCUCGGCGGCAAGACCAUCUCCUGCCCGGCCUCGGCCACCGCCGGCAUGUCGGUGCCCUGCAGCAGGUUCUUCCACGGGGAUCUCAAGUCUGGUCCGGAGGCCGGGCGGCCGGACGGCGCCCACUCCGGCGCCAAGCGGCAUUGCUUCCACCUCGGCGAGCUCCCGGGGCCGGGGUCCCUGCCGGCGUCGAUCGCCGGCGGCCCCCGGCGGUUCGUCGGGUCCGUCUCGGCGAGCGAGGUGGAGCAGUCGGAGGACUACACCUGCAUCAUUGCCCGCGGCCCCAACCCCAAGACGACCCACAUCUUCGGGGACUGCAUUCUGGAGCCCCAGACGACGGUCGGGAAGAGCGACGAGGCCGCCGUGGAACCCAAGGACGGAGCUUCCGCCAAGUCCUACCUGGUGGUCAAGCGCGCCACCGAGGCCGCCGCCGGCCCGGGCGAGGACUUCCUGAGCUCCUGCUUCACCUGCACGAAGAAGCUGGAGGGGAACGACAUUUACAUCUACCGUGGGGAGAAGGCAUUCUGCAGCGCCGAGUGCCGGGACCAGGAGAUCAUGAUCGAAGAGGAAGCCGAGAAAUGCAUGGCCACGGGAGGCUCCCCUCGCUCCUCCUGCUCGUCCCUGCACGAGGACAUCUUCAUGGCUGGCAUGAUGGUGGCGACAUGA